UUUUCUCCACAGGGUCACGUAGAUUUCAGCUAUGAAGUGUCACGGUCACUGUCUGCCUGUCAGGGUGUCAUACUUGUAGUGGAUGCAAAUGAGGGUAUUCAGGCUCAGACAGUGGCAAACUUCUACCUUGCUUUUGAAGCACAGCUUUCAAUAAUUCCUGUCAUAAAUAAGAUUGACCUGAAGAAUGCAGACCCUGAAAGAGUUGAAAAACAAAUUGAGAAGCUGUUUGAUAUCCCUGCAGAUGAAUGCAUAAGGAUUUCUGCUAAACAAGGAACAAAUGUUGAAAAAGUUCUUCAAAAGGUCAUUGAGAAGAUCCCACCACCCCAGUGUAAUACUGCUGAUCCAUUGAAAGCCUUAGUAUUUGACUCCACCUUUGACCACUAUCGAGGGGUCGUAGCUAAUGUUGCACUCUUUGGUGGGGAGAUUGCAAAAGGGAAUAAAAUUGUGUCAGCACACACAAAGAAAAGAUAUGAAGUCAGUGAAGUCGGAAUUCUGACUCCAAAUGAACAGCCAACGCAUAAGCUAUAUGCAGGACAGGUGGGGUACCUGAUUGCUGGAAUGAAAGAAGUAACAGAAGCCCAAAUAGGAGACACACUCUUUUUGUAUAAACAGCCAGUGGAGCCUUUGCCUGGCUUUAAGUCAGCGAAGCCAAUGGUUUUUGCAGGAAUGUAUCCUGCAGAUCAAACAGAAUAUAAUAAUCUCAAAAGUGCUUUGGAAAGGCUGACAUUGAAUGACUCCAGUGUAACUGUUCAUCGUGACAGUAGUCUUGCCUUAGGAGCUGGAUGGAGAUUGGGUUUCCUUGGUCUUCUACAUAUGGAGGUUUUUAAUCAACGUUUGGAACAAGAGUAUAAUAUGUCGGUUAUUUUGACUGCACCGACAGUUCCAUAUAAAGCUGUUCUUUCUUCAGCAAAGUUGAUAAAGGAGUACGGAAAAGAUGAGAUUACUAUUAUCAACCCUGCUCAGUUUCCUGACAAAUUUUCAGUAUCAGAAUAUUUGGAGCCAACUGUUCUUGGUACUAUUGUAACCCCUCAUGAAUAUAUUGGGAAAAUUAUUACUUUGUGUCAGGAUCGCAGGGCAGUCCAGAAGGAUAUGUUGUACAUUGAUGAAAACAGGGUUAUGCUAAAAUACCUCUUUCCACUGAAUGAAAUUGUGUUGGAUUUUUAUGAUGCGCUUAAGUCUCUGUCUUCUGGCUAUGCAAGUUUUGAUUAUGAAGAUGCAGGAUAUCAAGCAGCAGACCUAAUCAAAAUGGAUAUUCUUCUAAAUGGAAAUCCAGUUGAAGAACUAUCUACUAUCAUACAUAAUGAUAAGGCAUACACUGCUGGUAAACUCCUGUGUGAACGUUUAAAAGAGGCCAUACCUAGACAGUUGUUUGAAAUAGCCAUCCAGGCUGCUAUUGGCAAGAAAAUAAUUGCAAGAGAAACGCUCAAAGCUUACAGGAAAAAUGUUGUGGCAAAAUGUUAUGGUGGAGACAUUACAAGAAGAAUGAAGCUUUUAAAGAGGCAGGCGGAAAGCAAGAAGUUGAUGAGAAAAAUUGGCAACGUGGAAGUACCAAGAGAUGCCUUUAUACGUGUUCUAAAGAGAGAAACUGACAAGUAGAGAUCAGUGACAUGAUCCUUCUCUCAACUUUUUUGCAGACAGUAGCAGAGUGAGCUAAUAUAUUGAUUUAUCACUGUGAGAGGGAACAUACUUGACUUUUAAUGGUGUAAAUUAAAUUAAGUAUAUGUGGGAAGAUGAAUUGAAAGGAGUGUGUACUUAAAAUGUACAGAUACAUGUAGAUUAUUAUGAAAUUAAAAGUUCACUUGACUGAA